AUGUCAAACGUUACGAUUUUCAAUAUGACUACCACAAAACCGGUUUGUGGAAAGGCAUUCCGACAAGCAUCAACACUUUGUCGCCACAAAAUAAUACAUACGGAGCAAAAGCCGCAUACGUGCCUCACCUGCGGAAAAUGCUUUAAUCGCUCAUCAACACUCAACACUCACAUUCGCAUUCAUCUAGGUUACAAGCCGUACAAGUGCGAGCUGUGCGGUAAAGGAUUUCAUCAGAACGGCAAUUACAAGAACCACAAAUUAACACAUAGCGGCGAGAAGCGCUUCAAAUGUAGUGUGUGCAAUAAGGCGUUCCACCAGACCUACAAUUUGACAUUCCAUAUGCACACCCAUCGCGAGCAGAAGCCAUUCGUCUGCACCAUCUGCACUCGGGGCUUCUGUCGCAAUUUCGACCUCAAGAAGCAUAUUCGUAAGCUGCAUCAAAUUCCUUCAUCUGCAGCAGCUCACAAGUGA